AUGCACACAGGACACGCAUCAUUCAAUGCAGAAUCAGUUGUAGCCGUACGAAUUGGAGAACAUGAAGAUAUAGUUUGCUUUGAUGGGACUUUGGCUUGGAAGCAAGAUUUGAACAGAAGAGAAACGCCAUGCUUUGGUGUUGCAAAAGUGAAAUCGGAUAUGGACUGGAAUAAAGCAAAUAAUUAUUGCAAGGAAACUGGAGGACAGCUACCAACACCGACUGAUGAUGAAAACCGUCUGCUGCAAAUAAUGUUCUCAGAGAUUGGCUCAGAAACAAAAAUACCGCUUGGAUUUGUUAAUGAAAAAAGUAAAUGGAUGCAAAUACGCGAUGGCCAAAAAAAUGAUUCCGAUAUGAAUAAAGUCAAACCGUCAUUGGAAAUAUUAAGACUAUCUAACACGGCAACUGGUCUCCAAUACGAAGCAGCUUCAAAAACGGAUAAAUAUACAGCGGUGGUAUGCGAACAUCGAAACUCAGCACUGUCAGUUAUUGAGAAGCAGGAGUGUGAUGAUGGAUUUGUGUUGCUUGCGAUUAAUAACGCUUCAAAAUGUUACUUAUUUCAUGAAUUCUCAAAUCCAUUAAUGGAUGCUAAUGACUUUAAAGCGGUUUCGAGUUACUGCAAAUCUCAAAAUGCUGAAUUAUUUGAACCGAUUGACUCAGGCGAUCUCCGUGUUAUGCAAAAAAUGGGUGAGGCAUCAGGCUAUGCCAUGAGUGCGUCGUCCAAACACAUUUAUAGCCAGUAUGGUUAUAUUAAUCAAAAAGUCAAAAGUGCUAAGGAGGAAGCCAUAACAGCUGCUGGUUAUAAAUAUUCAACCGUUGGGAUCAACAUCACUGCUUCAAAUUCUACAGAAGCAUUUUGCUUUAUGCUGGAAUUGCCCGGCGGUUGUUAGUUUCUGAAACUAGUUUCGAAUUCAGCGACUUCCCUGGAAUUCCUCUGUGCUUAUCCUCACCUCGCCUAUCGUCUUAACUCUUUCAUCCUACUAAAAAAAUCCGGAAGAUCUGAUUAAAAGCUAUUGUCAAAAGCGAAAAUUACCAUUUAAAAGUUUCUGUCACUCCAACCAAUUUGAUGUUGAUCAUUCGAAAUAUUUCCUGAUUUAAUUGCAAAAUUCGGUUAGCAAACUAGUGACGGUUUAAUCAGAGACGAGACACGGAGGAAAGACAUUCUUUUGAUCCGCAUCGUAGUUCGAGGACAGACUUAAGCGUAAAAAGAGUAUAAAGGAAAGUUUGAAAAGAAAAAAAGGACGGAAUUCUUUAAAUUUGUCAAUUUUCAAUUUUACAAGAAAAAAUACACUAUAGUAGUAUGACAAACUUUUAGCGAUUGUUCAAAGCACCUGCGAAAUGAAAUCUGAUUUUGCUCUCUGCGUUAAAAAUUCACAACCCGCAAAGACGGAAAAGGUUCUUGAUAUUUUGGGAACGGACAACGUUAUUAUCACUAAUCUGAAACCAGAGAUAACACUGAAAGAAGUUGAUGAUUUGUCAUAUCUUGGCGUAGCACCUGAAGCAAAGCGAACUGUCAGAAUGUUUGCCGCAUCAUCGUUCUUUAUCGUAUCGCUGUCUCUGUUGCCUCAUUCAUUAUUUUAUGAACAUCUGGCUUAUGAUUUAGCUAUUUCAAAUUAAAUUAGUAAAUGUUAAACUUUUUUCUUUUUUUUU